GUCAAAAUAUAGUAUAUAAUUGUUUCGCUGUUGUGUUAGAAGGUGGAAAAUGUUGAGGUUAUUGAGACCGCGAGUCCCUUUAUUGGUUCAUACUAGGGGUACACAUGGGACAAGUCGUAUUGGCAAUCGUGACGUAGUGGGCCAUGGGCCUAAUGGGAUGAAUGUAUACAAAGACGACUGCCAUUUCCCCUUCCCUGCUAUCAGGUUUAUGGAAAAUGACGCCGAGGUUUGUCGCCUGCGAGAGAGGGAGAAAGGGGAUUGGAAGAUGCUUUGCUGCGAGGAGAAGAAGGCUCUAUACCGCGCGUCGUUCUGCCAGACCUUCGCUGAGUUCCAGCACCCCACCGGUGCGUGGAAGUUUGUCGUCGGAUGGGGAUUGAUAAUGACUUCCUUUGGCUUCUGGACGACGAUGUUCUAUCAUUUCUUCGUUAAUGAACCAUUGCCAGAGUCGUUCAGUGACGAGUGUCAAGAAGCACAGCUCCGUAGAAUGUUGGAGAUAAGAACGAACCCCAUAGAUGGAAUCUCCUCCAAGUGGGAUUACCACAACGAUAGAUGGAAGUAAUAAUUGAAAACGAAUGAAAGAUGUUAAUUUAUGAAUUUAAUUAAUAAAAGGAAGUAUUCGACGGGUAUUGUACUAACUACUAUUAGAAUUACUUUUAUGUCCGAUAGCCAACGGGAUCAAGGUUUUGUUUAUUUGAAAGAUGAUGUAGUAUACUUACCUAACAUUAUGGUUGAUGUCUUUAGUUAGUUAUUUAUACAGUUUAAUAAUACUGUUUUUGAGUUACCGUUAUUAAGUUAUGAUUUCCUUUUAAUGUUUAAAAGUACCGUGCGCCAGUCUUGUAUGUAAAGGUUAGGUUACACAGUGCGAGCAGCUGAUGUGACAAUAGACAGCUACUGUAUGACAGUAGCUCGACUCGCUUCGCACGGUCACACUAUGCAAACUGCUGGCGUCGCAGAAGACAGCUACUGCUACUAUACCAGUGUACUCUGUGUGUGGCGUGGGCCCGAGCGUACGAGCUACUGUCAUUUCGCAAAAUCGUGCGAGUUGACGACCGAGCGGCGUGCGAGUGGUGUGGUGGGGGAAGGCAAGUAGCGAGUAAAAACAAAAAUGUUGAAGUAACUCGAACGCGAGCAACUGUCCCACUCGCACAUGACAGUAACUCGUAUGAUGCGGUCACACGUGCGUAGUAGCUGCACCUCAAUAACUGACUCGGUCAGCUUGCAUGUUAGCUCACACUGUGUAACCUAGG